UUUAAACUAUUUAAAGUUGCGAGGAAAGGAAAACUCGGCAGCCUUUCCGUGGCAUGGUACUUUUGCUAUUUUUCAUUGUUGUACAAAAAACGCGGGAACCAUGUGCGUGUCCGGAACUCAACCAAAUCGCAACAGCGGGCUAACGCUUCGUCCAUUUGUUGUAAUAGGGUAGCAACUAACAAUUUUUGGUAGCUUUUCGUGAUGGGCAGCCAGCGAAAGGCUCGUGCGCCUGAUACCGAGAAGAGAAGCCGAGGCCGAGGACGCCAUGCUGCCCGAGAUACUUCACGUUCAGCCGGCGGCCUCCGCCAUUUUAGCUUUAAAGUUGUUGAGAAGAUCCGGUUGCGGUCCCGGACAACUUACAACGCCGUGGCGAACGAGCUGGUCGAUGACCUAAACUCCUCCGGUGCAAGCGCAAAAGACGGGAAAAGCAUACGCCGGCGCUGCUAUGACGCCAUCAACGUGCUGCUGGCUUGUGGACUUAUCAAGCGUGAUGACAAAAAACAGAUCGUUUGGCGUGGUCACAGUAACGUGGAGGUCGAGCGACUUCGCGCAGAGGUCGAAAACAGACGGGUUGAAGUUGAGCGCAAACGGCUUCUGCUGCAGGAGGUGGAGCGGAAACAUAAGGCCCUGGAGGCGCUCCUGGGGCGAGGUGCCGCCCGGGAGCAAGGGCAAGAACGUGAGGGCAGCGACAUCGGCAUCGGCUGCGGGACUACCUCCAGUGCCUGCAGCGGCAGUGGAGAGAGCGGACGGCUGCGCAUUACCCUGCCCUUUAUGAUCGUACAGGCCCGCGCGGGUGCUGAUGUGCGCAUUUGCACCUCGGAGGACAAGACCUGCGUGGAGUUCGAGAUGGCAGAGUCGCCACUUCAGCUGCACGACGACUCCACCGUGGUCCUCCAACUGCAAUCUCACCGGGCACAACAAGAGCGCGACCAGGCUAAACAACGGCAGCAGCAACAGCAACAGCAACAACAACACCCACCGAAGCCGCGGCAGGAGCAGCAACAACAACAGCAGCAGCAGCAAGAGCAGAGCCUCGCCAACCGCCAGCACAGCGACCGCAGCUGCGGUGGAGGGGUGCCGCUCCAGCAGCAUGCGCCGGCACCUGCAACAGCCCAGCAAGAGCAGAAGAAGCAGCAACCGCAGCAAGUCAAGGUCGAGCCGGUCGAGAUUAAGCAGGAGCCGGUACCGGACUACUACGGGCCGAUGAUGCCCACAACGGUGGCUGCGGUGCCGUGCCGGCGGUCCUCCAGGCGCCAAGGCGACUUGGCCAACCUGGAACCUCUCCGCCAGCAGCAGCUGCCCCUGCUGCAGCAACGCCAGAACCCGCCGCAGCUGGUCGGCGACUGCUCGGAGCCACUGCAACAGCGGGCGCCGCUCCCCCAGCAGCAGCAGCAGCCAUUGGGUGAUGGUGAGGGCUGUGUAAAGCCGGAUCAUGCCAUGCAAGGUACAGGCGUCAAGGACGCCGGUAGCAGUCAAAAGCAGCAUCGGCAAGAGCAGCAGCCGCCGCAGGCACAAGGGGCCCCACCACCGUCGCCGCUUCUGUCGGCAGCAACUGCGGCACCCGACUCCGCAGUUGCAGCGAUGCAGCCACAGCAGCCACCACAUCAGCUGCAGUCCUUAACCGACCAGGGCCGCGAGGGCGGCAACUCCCUGCUAAACUUCUUCUGCAGUCCGCCGCAAGCCCCCUGCGUAAGCCCUGGCUGGCAGCCCCUGACCGCGUUGCCACAGCAGCUGCAGGCACCGCCACCACAGCAGCAACAACAACAGCAGCAGCAGCAGAACCUGUUGCUGCGGUCGCCGCCUUCGCUGGGCCUGGCACCGGAUGUAUCCGAUUACUCGCAGUAUCUGGGCAUGCAGACGUUAAGUCCGCAGCUGCAGCCGCAACAGUCGCUACAGCUGCAGUUGUCGUACGACGGACUUGUGUGCAAUGAGGAGCAUUCGUGCGGCAGCGGAAGCAGCGGCAAUUGCUUCUAUGGCGCAUCCUCCUCACCGUUUGACUUUGACACGCCGGUAGCGGCCGGUCAGCAGCAGCAACCGCAGCAGCAGCAGCAUGAUGUUUACCGGCAGCAUUCGCUCAACAUGCAGCAGCAACAGCAGCAGCUGCAACACCACCACCACCACCAGAUGCUGCACCAGCAGACCCAGCAGCGCAUGCAGCAACAGCAGUACCUGCACCAGGCGCCCUUCCCUUCUCCGCAUCACCCCUACCACCACCAGCAGCUGCACCCCAACCCUCAUCACCAGCAUUACAUGCCGCAGCACCACCAACAGCACCCGUUGAUGCCUUCUCAGGCACAGCACUACCAGCACCAGCUGCACUACCACCCGCCCUCUCACCAGCAGCUCACGCAGCAGCAGCAGCAGCACUCGCAGCAGCAGCUGCCUGGCCCUGCCUCGACCCCGCCACCUCAGAUGCUAACCCUGGAGCAGAUGGUGGAAGAGGAGCUGCCGCAGCUGGCGCCGCUGCUGAACCUCAUCGCCAACGACGACCCCGACCCGCUGGGCUUCAGCUGCUUCGGCUCGGGCGCGCUGCCGGAGAGCGGACAGAUGGGCGGCAUGAUGGGCUGGCCGUACGGCAUCGAUCCGGAUCCCGUGAGCCCGUACACCCCACUGGCUGCGCCCUCGCCGAGCGGCGGCACCGGGCUGCUGCUGCCGGGCCACUGCCGCCUGGGCCCCGCCCCGCCUGGCGCCCUAGCCGGCGCACCGGGGCCCCAACAGCGCACCACAUCCGCCCACUUCGGCUUCACACCCCUGUGAAGAUGAUGGAGCAAGAGGCGCCGAGCGCGCAGAGGUUGGAGACGGGCUUGUCAUGGGCUGGAGUGACCCGUGGGUCGCGGUGCGGCAUGCGCGUGUUGCUGCAAACUCCGCAUGUUUGCCACCAUUCCCCACCAUGCAUUAGCAGGUGUGUUUUCUGUAUCAGGUUAGCUCGGGCUGGAUGCUUUGAGGAAGAAUGAAGAUGCGAUAGCUGACGGGUGGUGUAUGGCGUGGGCGGUUUUCAUGGGGAUUCUUCAACACGAACACAGCAUGAAGAACUGAGGUUAUGCCCCGCCACUUGUCAGGGCUCUUUAGGCAUGCUCCCAGUGGGAUUGCAUGUCCCCCGUUCCAUGUGUUAGCAGAAGCGGCAGUAGGCCGCGUAGUACUUAAUUGCGUCAUUCUAGGUUGUUGUCGUUUGCAUGAAUCUUCUUGCCAAUCCUGGUGUCGUUAGGCUA